AUGCCAGCUCGACAACUGCCAGUUCAGGUACGAGCCAAAUGCAGCCAUCUGAUGUUGGCCGACCCAAGCUUCGAUGAGCCAGCUCCAGUUGAGAUGCUCAUUGGCGCGGAUAUAUUUCCCCAAGUAUGGAAGAACAAGUGCAGCUCGUUGGGUCCAGGUUUCCCUUCCGUUUACAGCUCAGUAUUUGGUUGGGUGCUAAUUGGUCCCGUUCAGAAGCACCCAGAUAUUGGUGCACAAGCCAUGUUGGUGUCGCUAGUAUCGUCUAUGGAAUCCAUCAUAGAAAGGUUUUGGAAUGUGGAAGAACCUGAAGCUGCUCCGCCUCAGUUCACCGAAGACGGAUUGUGUGAGGAACUGUUCAAUUCGGAGAUGCGCAGGGAUUCUCGAGGUCGGUUCGCAGUACCUCUUCCCUUCCGCUCCGGCCGUCCAGUUAAAGAUUUUCCGGGUUCACGACAAGUGGCGUUAAACAGAUUCCUGCAGCUGGAGAAGAAAUUAUCAGCCGAUGAAGUGCUUUACAACGCAUAUCGCAAGUUCAUGCUCGAUUACGAGAGCUUAGGUCAUAUGACUCUCGCAGAAGGUCCCGGUCAAUACUUCAUUCCCCAUCAUGCGAUUCAGAAGUCCGAAGGGGACAGUGUCAAAUUGAGAGUGGUGUUUGACGCGUCGGCGAAAUGCCAUUCAGGUGUCUCCCUCAACCAAUGUUAUUGGUCGGGCCGAAGCUGCAGCAGGACAUCGUAG